AUGGAUGGCCGCCUCCUCUACGCGCGGGCUUUGCGAGGGUAUUCAGCAGUCACACCCAAUGUAGUGGCUUUGACGCGGGAAAUUCAGGGAGCCUGCAAGGCAACUGGCAGAGGCUGGCAGCAUGGGCUACGGCUGCUUCUGAGCGAGCUGGAACGCUCGGAGGCUCUGGUCGGCAGGCGCUGCCUGGACAUCCGUGCCCUUUCUGCAGGCCUCGCAGCAUGUGCUGCUGGUGCACGAUGGCAGGAGAGUCUCGGCAUCCUGCGCUAUGCAGAAGCCACUGGCCUGGGCUUGCCCAAUGCAGUGGGCCGCAGUGCUGCAAUUGCAACGCUGCUCCGAGCAGAGCGAUGGCAUCAGGCCCUAUACUUGUUCGACAAGUUUGAAGCGGAGCUGGAGUCCACCGAGCCCGUCUCCAUCGGGGCAGCCAUCAAUGCCUGCGGCCAGGGAUCUCACUGGCAAGGGGCGCUCUUUCUGCUGGAUCGAGUUGUCCUCCAUGCCUUGAAGAAGGAUGAUCCAGACGGCCGUGUUCCUCGGCGGACUCUGCAAGUUUGCCGCAAUGCCGCAAUAACAGCCUGUGGGCGUGCCUCACGAUGGGGCUGGGCGCUUCACAUGUUUUUCGAGCAUUUGGCACUCUGCGGCGCAGACGAAGUUGGUUGCAGUGCCGUGGUCAAUGCUUGCCAACAGGCAUCGCAGUGGCAGCAGGCCCUGGGCGUGCUCCCCUUCGCUCCAAAAGGGCGCCGUGGAGAAGCAGCAGUGACGGCAGCCAUGGCUGCUUGCGAAAGAGCAUCGUGCUGGCCGGUCGCCCUAAGCUUGUUGUCCCGAGGAGGAGGCCUCGAAUCUUGGAACACGGCCAUAAGCGCCUGCGAGAAAGGUGGACUGUGGCAGGCGGCACUGGCUCUCUUUUGGCAGCUGCCCGCACGGCAGCUUUCACCAAGCGGCGUGUCCUACAACACGGCCAUAUCCGCGUGCGAAAGGGAAAGCCUCUGGCAAGACGCGCUGUUCUUAUUGUCGCAUCGACGAGCUGUCGCAGAGGCCGAUGUAAUUGCAGUGGGGUCGACAGUUCUCGCCUGCGCCAAGGCCGCUCAAUGGGAGCAGUGCAUGGCAAUGGUGUUGAAUGCUUGGGACAUUGCCGGCGUUUCGUGCGACUUGGUCGACUCCCAAUCCAGCUCGGCCGUCCUGCUUGCGUGCCAAAAGGCCUCCAAGUGGCUGCAAGCCUGGCAAGUCAUCUUCUGGCAGGGCCAAACUCAGGCCAAUGUCUUCACACGCCCUCCCUUGGGCCUGGAGGCAGAUGACCUUGCCUUUGUUGCUUCUGCCUGCGACCGGGCGCAACAUGCUGGUCCUGCGUUGAGGAUGAGGCAUGAGCUCAACCAAAGCCGUCUGCUUCGCACAUCAGCUUCCUCACUGGGCGCUGCGAUUGUCAAACUUGGUGAUGGCACCUGCAGUGAGCUACUUCGAGGCAGAGUUGUGCAAGCAGCUGUGGGUCGAGCACUGCGCACAUUGCAAGGCGGAAGCGGCAGCGACGAGGUGCCGCAAUUGACAACAUUCAUGCCAGCACUAUGCACUUUGCCGGGCUUCGGUGUUCACGGCACACGUGAAAGCUUAGUCUUGCUGCACUCUGUGUCGCGACUGUAA